AUGGUCCAAUCGCGCGGCUCAGAUGGUCGCUAUGGCAAGCCGAGUACUGUUUUUCCGCUACCGGCCGAGUUUCCGUCAGAGAACGCUGAACACUCCGUUCGGGAGCUGCAGUGCACUGUCCUGAACACCAGCGUCAAGAUCACAUGGCAGAAGCCGGUUAUUACUGACAAACUGGAUGCCUACAAUGUACGUCCAUCAAUCACCUUGUGA